GCCCACAUAGUAAGCUGUUUCCAAAACAGCCCUGUUUUCUCCACGUGGCUAUUUCCUAUUCCCUUCACUGUGAGUCGCAAACGACGCUUGGGUUGCACCACUGGGUCCCACGUACCGUCACUUCUUUUCUUUCAUUUUCUGGAAAAAAGGAACCCCAAAACAGAAAAAACAAACACAACUAACAAUUUCUCUCUCCUCCAUUGCCACCGGCGAAGAAACGACCUUCAAAAUCGAGCUAACUCAUUUGAAAAACUCGAAUUCGAAUUCAAUUUCACUCUGAUUGCUGAAUUCGGCACCGGAAAUCAAGGGCGGCGGUUAAAACGAUGCCGUUUCCGAGGCGGAGGAAGGGGGCAUCACCGCCACCACCAUCACCGCCGUCACUUACACCACCGGAAGAUUCGGAUAAGGAAAUAGAGGAGACCAGAAAGAGGAGAGAGAAAGAGGAGGAAAUAGCUAGACGGACGAGGAGGAAUAAGAAAUGGUCAUGCGUUGAUAGUUGUUGUUGGUUUGUAGGUUUGGUGUGUUGUACAUGGUGGUUUUUGUUGUUUUUAUUCAAUGCAAUGCCAGCUUCGUUUCCGCAGUUCGUUACCGAAGCUAUUACCGGGCCAUUACCCGACCCGCCUGGUGUGAAAUUACAUAAAGAAGGGUUGAAGGUGAAGCAUCCUGUGGUUUUUGUACCCGGGAUUGUGACGGGCGGGCUUGAGCUUUGGGAAGGUCAUCAGUGUGCCGAAGGCUUGUUUCGGAAACGACUUUGGGGUGGUACUUUUGGUGAAUUGUACAGAAGACCCCUUUGCUGGGUUGAGCACAUGUCAUUGAAUAAUGUGACUGGACUGGAUCCGGAUGGUGUAAGGGUUAGACCUGUCUCUGGUCUUGUGGCAGCUGAUUAUUUUGCACCUGGCUACUUUGUGUGGGCUGUUUUGAUUGCUAACUUGGCUCGUAUAGGGUAUGAGGAGAAAACAAUGUAUAUGGCUGCAUAUGAUUGGAGAAUUGCAUUCCAGAACACUGAGGUAAGGGACCAAACUCUUAGCAGGAUGAAAAGUAAUAUAGAACUUCUGGUUGCUACAAACGGAGGGAAUAAGGUGGUUGUCAUUCCACAUUCCAUGGGUGCUUUGUACUUUUUACACUUUAUGAAGUGGGUUGAGGCACCAGCCCCGAUGGGUGGCGGGGGUGGAUCUGAUUGGUGUGCUAAACAUAUCAAAGCGAUAAUGAAUAUUGGUGGACCAUUUUUAGGUGUUCCCAAAGCUGUUUCUGGACUAUUCUCGGCCGAAGCCAAGGAUAUUGCUGCAGCCAGAUCUGUUGCACCUUCUGUUCUGGAUAAGGACGUGUUUGGUCUCCAAACAUUGCAGCAUGUAAUGAGGAUGACUCGUACAUGGGAUACAACCAUGUCAAUGAUACCAAAAGGCGGGGACACAAUCUGGGGUAAUCUUGAUUGGUCACCUGAAGAUGGGUACAAUUGUACUCUGAAGAAGCAGAGGAAUAAUGAUAACUAUACUACUGGAAAGAAUGAGAAUGGAUGCCUGGAUUUAUCAGGAAAAGGUGCACAUUUUGGAAGAAUUAUAUCAUUUGGAAAGGAUGUAGCCGAGUCUCCUUCUUCAACAAUUGAUAGAAUGGACUUCAGGGAUGCAACUAAAGGAAACAACCUUGUUAAUGCAACUUGCCGGGAUGUGUGGACAGAGUACCAUGACAUUGGCAUUCCCGGCAUCAAAGCCGUUGCAGAUUAUAAAGUUUAUACAGCUGGAUCAAUAUUAGAUCUACUUCAUUAUGUAGCUCCAAAAAUGAUGAAACGUGGUGAUGCUCAUUACUCAUAUGGAAUAGCUGAUGAUCUAGAUGACCCAAAAUACAACCACUAUAAAUAUUGGUCAAACCCAUUAGAAACCAGAUUACCAAAUGCCCCAGAUAUGGAGAUAUUUUCUUUAUAUGGAGUUGGAAUUCCUACUGAGAGAGCCUAUAUUUACAAGCUGAGCGCAACUGCAGAUUGUUACAUUCCUUUUCAGAUUGAUACAAUGGCAGACAGCUCAGAUGAGUGCUCUUGUCUCAAAGGAGGGGUUUACAAUGUUAAUGGAGAUGAAACAGUUCCUGUUUUGAGUGCUGGUUACAUGUGUGCUAAAGCAUGGAAAGGGAAAACCCGGUUUAACCCUUCUGGAAUGCAAACUUUUAUAAGGGAGUAUGAUCAUGCUCCUCCGGCUAAUUUACUGGAGGGUAGAGGCACCCAAAGUGGUGCGCAUGUUGAUAUAAUGGGAAACUUUGCGUUGAUUGAGGACGUUAUUAGGGUAGCAGCAGGUGCUAAAGGAGAGGACUUAGGAGGAAAUCGUGUAUAUUCUGAUAUUUUUGAAUGGUCCGAAAGGAUUGACUUAAAGCUAUAGCCAACAAGGAUAUAAGACCUUUUUGGAAGAUACAAUUGCAGAAAGAUGAUGGAUAUCCAACCUGCAAAAGAUAUGCGGUGGCGUUGCCUUAGCGAUUUCAGUUUUUGGCUUGCUGAUUCAAAACAAAUAUGACAUUGUAGCUCGCACUUGUAUAAGUUGUAAUUAUACAGCCUUGUGACACGGAAAAAACAUCAGCAUCCCAGAUAAAAUUACGGUCUUUUGCUGUGCUUGCGCUCUUCGUGUUAUGUUGUGGCUAGUACAAUAUAGAUAUUCAAUUAAUUUUAUGUAUAGAAGUUCAUUUGGAAUUAUAAGGGGAAGCUUUUCAACCCCAUUUAUUAUCAAUAGGUUUUGAGUGUUGUGAAACCUAGGUCUAUUGACAAUUUUGUUGAGUUCUUUUUAUGAGGAAAUGAAAUGUAGAAUUUUAUGUUUUUUUGGAUGACAA